AUGAAGCGCGCCAAGGUCAAGUAUGCAGCUGGCAAGAAAGCUUUCUGCUUUCGCUGGCAGGCAGCUGGGCAAAGCAUCCAUUUUCAGACAACAGUACCCGCAGCUGGUGGCUCCGCAACGGCAGCUGCGGUCAUUGCAAGAUCAUGCUACGUCAAGUUUGAGCAAGGCUGGACGAAGGACCGGGUCCGCGAGUUCAGGAACCAGUGCUAUGCAAAACUGGGAGGACGAGUCCUCACAAGCUCUCCUCCGCAAAAGAGCUUCAGCCAAGGAACAAAGGAGUCCCUGCACGAGUCGAAAGAAUCAGAUCCUCGUGCCGUCGCAAGCGCAUCAAGCGUCACUAAGCCGCAAUGGCACCUCGUGCCCGAAACGCUUCAUCCGGCGAAGCGUCCCCGCAUGGAGGAGUCCCCAACCUCCCCAACCAGCAAGUGGAAGCUCCAGAGUUCCAACUCCAAGAACCGCAGCGGACAGGCUUGGGGAGCAUUUCUGCAGCCUACAGACCUGAAGCUCAUCUUGGAUGACCCGCAGGCCUAUUCUUUGCCGCACAAGGAAGUGCGGAGCAUCCGCUCACAGGGCCUGGUGGGAUCGCAAGCUUCCCUGCCGGCUUCACAGCCGGAGACCCUGCAAGCAAGAGUGAGGCUGCAAGCAGCCACUGACCUGGAUGAAGCACCACGUGGACGACAAGCAGAGAAUUCGGAUAUAGGAUUCAACGGCUUCUUUGGCUGUUGCGGUUGCUGCUGCCAAGCACAUCGGCAAGCCAAUGCAACUUCGGGCAUUCGGCAGAAGUGCCCAGGAGGCUCCCAGGGAAGGAUGGUCACAUGCCCUGGCCGCGACCAGAGCAAAGUUGCCAGGAAUCCGAAUCCAGGUGGAUUUGCAAGUGCGGACAGCAGUCGACUGCUGAACUUGGGACACGAUGCUACAGCCGUUGCUGCCGUGGUCAAGCCACCAGCUCCCAACGUCGAAGCGUACAGUGCUCAACAGCCGGUCUUCAAGCAUGAAGUGGGUGAAGGGGAUGCCGAAGGUUCUCAGCUGGAGAGCAGCGCACAUUCCACAGCAUCUGCUCCGGAGAGCCAACACCGUCCAGAAAGCCAGCCAACACCUUUCUGCUGGGAUCUUCCUGUGGAGAAGAUUGUGGAGUCUGUGCCAGACUCGCUGCCUCCAUUCAUAGACCUACAAGAGCCAGUCGCUCUGCCGGCAUCACCUGCAUCGAUACCUGUGCCAGAUCCGCCUCGCGUCGAGAGUUUGCCGACCCCAUGGUUCAGCCAACCUACGCCCCAAGUGGAGCUGUCUGAUCUGCGAUACGUCAGCGAUCUAACUCCCGUGCCAGCUAAGCAAGAGGAGGACGGCCUUCCAGGCCUAGCGAGCUCCAGCAUUCCCGUGCCUAUCAACUCCGCUCUUUCAGAGAACUCGGCCUCGCAAGCCUCGGCGCAAGCCUCGGCCGCAGCGGCUGCCCCGGCAGUCCCAUCGAAGCCAUCUGGCGAGGCAGCUUGUGAUCCACAGGACUCUCCGUUUGCAACAUCAUUGGACGUACUGUCCUUGACGCGAGAUCGGCCCCCUACAGCCAGCAUCAAACAGGAUUCGUGCAUGGCCAAACCAGACUCGAAUUUCGCAGCGCUGCUGCUGCAGCGCUCUCGCGCAGCAGCCGCCACCCGCGGUGAUGCGCAAAGGCCCGGCGCUUUCAAAAAAGAAUCACUUCGCAAACAGAGACCACUGGAAGAUGCAGACGCGACUGAUCUACCAUCGGCCUCGUGUUUGACGGCCAUCGGGCGUGCAACAAUCUGCCGCUUUGCCAGAAAAGUCAUGUCAGGCGAAGCGGCACGGAUUUUCAACGGUGAGGAACUAUGCAUUUCUACUGCUUCGCGGAAUCAAGACGUACAUGUCCCGGCUGUUCGGUAA